UUUUGAUCAGCUUGUUUUAGUAUGUUAAAAUUUCUUGGCAUUUUAAUCUUUCAAUUUGGGGUAUUUGAUUCCUUCUUUUUCUAUAAAUUUUCAGGCAGCAAACUACCUUAGCAUUGAGAGUCUUGUGGAUCUUUUACUCUCAGCUUUAGCCAACAUUAUCAAAGGGAUGAGCGUAGAGGAAACGUGUGAGAUCUUCAAGAAUCAAGAAAAUGGAUUCUGAAUUAGAAAACCGCAUGAUUGUCAUGGACGACCUCCUCCGCUAUAUCGUCUCCGACCUCCUCUCCUUCUCGAUUCAUAUGGUUUUCGGCGAUAUCGUCGCCAUCGCCCUCAUGGUCGCCUGGAACCUCACCAAGGACGAGUACACCACCAACCACCCCGCUGGGAAGAUCGGCAAGAGCCUCAUCUUCAAGGUGAGAGAUUUGAUGAAAAAGGAGGAUGAGCUUCUGAUUUGCAGGGAAUCGGAUUUGAUCAUGGAUCAGCUGGUGGAGCUCACGAGCAAAGGAUAUGGGUGCCUGCGACGGCGAUAGGGAACGACUUCCUCUUCCUUCCGGCGGAGACAGAGGAGGAGUAAAGGAAGAGGAAGGAGUUGCAGACGCUGAGGAGAAUGGAGGCGAGGAGGAAGCGCUCAGAGAAGCAGCAGUAGAGGAAUCAUCGUGGGUUGUCUGAAGAGGUUGUUGCUGGUUCAGAUGGGGUGGUGACUUAUGGCGGCGACGGUGGUAAUGGCGGCCAUCUGCUGGGGGAUGGGGAAGGUCAUUAUGGUGGUAUUACAAUUAUACCAUUUUAGUAGAAAUUCAAUUUUGACCAUCAAUCUAAAGAAUAUUCUUAUCACUCUAGUAGGCACCAUCAAUAAUUACUGAAUAAAAGAUUAAACUGCCCUAAGACAUAAAAAAUUAAAUGUAAAGCAAUAUUUUUUUUGAAAAGAAAAUAUUUUUUUCUUUUCAAAAAAAUGUAAAGCAACAUAAUCUAAUAAAAACUGUGUGAAUGAGUCAUAA